CCCAUCAUGUUGAACGUACAGCCCAACCCAUCAGCCUCCGCCCAGCGUGCGGGCGACUGCUGCUCCACUGCGGACAACAAUGACGGACAACAUUCCGCUGCAGCCCGUCCGACACAAAAAACGACAUGACAACAAACGAAGAGACGGGUGCUGCCCAUGGUCCAGAUGCUGCGGAGGGGGAGAUUUCCGUCCGCGGACCGUGUGGUUGGGCCAUCCGGAAAAGAGAGAGCAGAGAUACCCAAGAAAUGUCAUAAACAACCAGAAAUACAAUUUCUUCACCUUCCUGCCAGGGGUGUUGUUUAACCAGUUCAAAUACUUCUUCAACCUGUACUUCCUGCUGCUGGCCUGCUCACAGUUUGUGAAUGAGCUCAGAUUAGGGGCUCUGUACACAUACUGGGUUCCUCUGGGGUUCGUUUUGAUUAUUACAAUCGUGAGGGAAGCCGUUGAGGAGAUGCGUUGUUUCUUACGAGACAAAGAGGUCAAUUCACAGAUCUACAGCAAACUCUCCACAAGAGGAACUGUGAAGGUGAAAAGUAGUGGCAUCCAGGUUGGAGAUCUUAUCAUUGUUGAAAAGAAUCAGCGUGUUCCUGCUGACAUGAUCUUCCUAAGGACCUCUGAAAGAAAUGGCUCCUGUUUUCUGAGGACUGAUCAGUUGGAUGGAGAAACUGAUUGGAAACUGCGCCUCCCUGUGGCCUGUACGCAGAGACUCCCCACUGCUGGUGAUCUACUGCAGAUCAGGUCAUUUAUUUAUGCUGAAGAACCGAACAUUGACAUCCAUAACUUCAUCGGUACCUUCACUAGAGAAGAUGGAGACCCUCCAGUCAAUGAAAGUCUGAGCAUUGAAAACACUCUCUGGGCGAGCACUGUCAUUGCUUCUGGCACAGUGGUUGGGGUGGUGAUUUACACCGGUAAAGAGCUGCGGAGUGUAAUGAACACCUCCAACCCAAGACAUAAGAUUGGCCUGUUUGACCUGGAAGUGAACUGUCUGACGAAGAUCCUGUUUGGCGCUCUGGUGGUGGUGUCACUGGUCAUGGUGGCUCUGCAGCACUUCGCUGGUCGCUGGUAUCUCCAGAUCUUCCGCUUCCUUCUGCUCUUCUCCAACAUCGUCCCUAUCAGUUUGCGUGUGAAUUUGGACAUGGGCAAAAUGGUGUUCAGUUGGAUGAUCAAGAAAGACUCUAAAAUCCCCGGGACGGUGGUUCGAGCCAGCACCAUACCUGAGCAGCUGGGCCGGAUCUCUUAUCUGCUUACAGACAAAACUGGGACCCUCACUCAGAACGAGAUGGUGUUCAGACGACUCCAUCUUGGAACUGUGGCGUACGGGAUGGACUCCAUGGAUGAAGUGCAGAGUCAUGUGUUCAGCGCUUACACUCAGCCCCCUCAUGACCUCCAGGCCUCUCGUGCACCGGGCGCCACCAAAGUGAGGAAGACCAUCAGCAGUCGAGUGCAUGAAGCAGUGAAGGCCAUCGCACUGGUGCACAAUGUGACGCCGGUAUACGAGUCCAACGGUGUGACAGAUCAAGCGGAAGCUGAACAGCACUAUGAAGACACCUGCAGGGUUUACCAGGCCUCCAGUCCAGACGAGGUGUCUCUGGUUCAGUGGACGGAGAGUGUUGGACUGACGCUGGUCGGCAGAGAUCAGUCUUCUAUGCAGCUGAGGACACCUAGUGGACAAAUUCUGAACUUCACCAUCCUGCAGAUUUUCCCCUUUACCUACGAGAGCAAACGUAUGGGCAUCAUUGUGCGAGAUGAAUCCACCGGAGAGAUCACGUUUUACAUGAAGGGUGCUGAUGUAGUGAUGGCCGGCAUUGUUCAGUACAACGACUGGCUCGAGGAGGAGUGCGGGAAUAUGGCAAGGGAAGGUUUAAGGGUGCUUGUGGUGGCCAAAAAAUCCCUAACGGAAGAACAAUAUCAAGAUUUUGAGGCUCGCUACGUCCAGGCCAAGUUGAGUGUGCACGAUCGCUCGCUGAAGGUCGCCACAGUGAUCGAGAGUCUGGAGAUGGAGAUGGAGCUAUUGUGUCUCACUGGAGUGGAGGACCAACUACAGGCCGAUGUCAGACCCACUCUGGAGAUACUGCGCAACGCUGGCAUAAAAGUUUGGAUGUUGACCGGGGACAAAUUAGAGACUGCAACCUGCACAGCCAAGAACGCCCAUCUAGUGACCCGCAAUCAGGACAUCCACGUGUUCAGGAGUGUAACCACUCGAAGCGAAGCUCACCUUGAGCUCAACGCCUUCAGGAGGAAACACGACUGUGCGCUGGUGAUAUCAGGAGACUCUCUGGAGGUCUGUCUGAAGUAUUACGAGUAUGAGUUUAUGGAGUUGGCGUGCCAGUGUCCAGCUGUCGUGUGCUGCCGCUGCGCUCCCACACAGAAAGCUCAGAUUGUACGUCUGCUGCAGGAACGCACCGGCAAGCUCACCUGUGCCGUGGGGGAUGGAGGAAAUGAUGUCAGCAUGAUCCAGGAAGCAGACUGUGGCGUGGGAGUGGAGGGAAAAGAAGGGAAGCAGGCGUCUCUGGCUGCAGACUUCUCCAUCACUCAGUUUAAGCACUUGGGCAGACUGCUCAUGGUCCACGGCAGAAACAGCUACAAACGGUCCGCUGCACUCAGCCAGUUUGUCAUCCACCGGAGUCUCUGCAUCAGCACCAUGCAGGCCGUGUUCUCCUCUGUGUUCUACUUUGCAUCUGUUCCGCUUUAUCAAGGCUUCCUCAUUAUUGGCUACUCCACUAUCUACACCAUGUUCCCUGUUUUCUCCCUGGUUUUGGAUAAAGAUGUCAAGUCUGAGGUGGCCAUGUUAUAUCCCGAACUUUACAAGGAUCUUCUAAAGGGGCGGCCUCUCUCCUUCAAAACGUUCUUAAUAUGGGUCUUGAUCAGUAUCUACCAAGGUAGCAUCAUCAUGUACGGGGCUCUGCUCCUGUUCGAGUCAGAGUUUGUGCACAUCGUGGCGAUCUCCUUCACGUCUCUGAUCCUGACGGAGCUGCUGAUGGUGGCGCUGACCGUGCAGACCUGGCACUGGCUGAUGAUCGUAGCCGAGCUCCUCAGUCUGGCCUGCUACAUCGCAUCCCUCGUCUUCUUACACGAGUUUAUCGAUGUGUAUUUCAUCGCCACCCUGUCUUUUGUGUGGAAGGUGACAGCCAUCACUUUGGUCAGCUGCCUGCCGCUCUACAUCCUCAAAUACCUGAGACGACGCUUCUCGCCUCCGAGUUACUCCAAACUGACCUCUUGAACCCUUUACUGCCUCACUCGCCUCAGUCCAGCUUGCUCUCUAACCGCUAACUCGGCUCAAACAAACCUAAAAGUGCUGGAACGUCAGGUUUGAUUCACUCCUUCAUUCACCCUGAUAUUAAAAUAAGUCUGAUUUUUCACAUUUUUGGUCAGCGAGCCAGUUUAGCAGUCCGGUUAGCCCUGAGCAGGUGCUCAUACAGUACCUACGAGAAUGGACGCUUGUGUGACGCAGUCCAGACGCCAUUCCCUCUGAAUCAUGUAAUUUCUCUACCGUUUAAGUUUCAGUGAAUCACUCUCCCUGAGGAAGACUAAACACACUGGUUAGCUUUGGGAAUCAUCCAUGAGACAACAGGGAAGUUUUUCCAUGAGAUUUAAUAAUCUAUUGCUAUUAUGCGUCUCCAUUGCAUUUGUAUUCUCGUGUGACAAGGGAAAAUUUGCACAAAGGGGAAAAGGGAAAUUGGAGUUAACUUAUUUUAGGGUGUUUUUGGUACCUUUUUAUUUCUUUUCCAAAACUACUGAAUUUAUGUGACUUGAAAGGACUUGAUCAGGUUGAAAACAGAAAGUAUGUGUUGUGUAUGACCACCACCCCUCCCCCCAAAAAACAAAAAAACACUAAUAUUUGUAACACUUUACAGUAAGGUUCCAUUAAUAAAUGUUUAUGCAUUAACUGAUGUACACAUUACAGUAUUUAUUAAUCUUUGUUUAUUAACGUCAAUCAAAACACAACUGCUCAUUGAUAGUUCAUGUUAGCUCAUGUCUGUUAAAUAAUUUAAAGAGAUACAUCUUUUGUUUUUUAUGAAAGCUUGUUUCCGCCAGGGAAUUAAAAAUAAAAAGGUAAUUGCGACUUUUUAUCUCGUAAUUCAGACUUUAAACUCACAAUUGCAAGUUUAUAUCUCACAAUUCUGAGAAAAGUCUGAAUUGCGAGGUAUAAACUCGCAUUUGUGACUUUUUCUCUAUAAAUUCGCAAUUACGAAAUUUGCAGUACUUUUUUUGUAAUUUUGACUCGUCUUUAUCUUGUAAUUCGGACUUUAUAACUUUUAACUUUAUAACAGUUGUGAGUUUGUCUGAAAUGCAAGAUACAAAGUCUCAAUUCUGAGAAAUAAAGUCUAAAGUCUACCUCGCAGUUCUGCCGCAAUUGUUAGUUUGUCUCUCACUUCUGACUUUUUCUCAGAAUUGUGAGAUAAUUUCGCAAUUGCGAGAAAUAAACUUGCAAUACUAUUUUUUUGCAGUUGUGACUUUCUCAAAAUUGUGAGAUAAAUUGCAUUUGCAUGUUAAGAAAUUUUAUCUCACAGUUCGGACUUUAAAACUCACAAUUGCAAGUUUAUAUCUCACAAUUUUGAGGAAAAAGUCUGAAUUGCGAGAUAUAAAGUCGCAAUUUUGAGACAAAGUCAGAACUGCAAAUUUAUACCUUGCAAUUCUGACUUUGUCUCAAAAUUGUGAGAUGUAAAUUCGCAAUUGUGAGAUAAAAACAUGCAAUACAAAUUUUUUGCUAUUGUGACUUUUUCUCAAAUUGAGAAAUUGUAAUUGCGUGUUAUGAAAUUUUAUCUUGCAAUUCAGACUUUAUAACUCGCAAUUGUGAGUUUAUGUCUCACAAUUCUGAGAAAUAAAGUCAGAAUUGCGAGGUAUAAACUCGCACUUGACUUUUUUUCUCACAAUUGCAAGUUUGUCUCAGUACUAUUUUUUUUUUUUUUUGGAAUUACGACUAUUAUUCAAAAUUGUGAGAUAAAUUGCAAUUGCAAGUUAUAAAGUCUUUUUAUCUCGCAAUUCAGACUUUAUAACUCGCAAUUGUGAGUUUAUGUCUCCCAAGUCUGACUUUUUCCUCAGAAUUGUCAUAUAAAUUCGCAGUUGCGAUACUGUUUUUCUUGUAAUUGACUAUUUUGUAAUUAACUAUUCCUCAAAAUUGUGGGAUAAAUUACAGUUGCGAGUUAAGUCUUUUCUUCAUAACUCACAAUUCUGAGAAAAGAUAUAAAGUUGCAAUUCUUAGUAGUCGCACUUCUGAGAAAUAAAGUCAGACCAGAAUUGCGAGUUAUGAAGUCCGAAUUGCAAGAAAAAAAUUAAUCUUACAAUUUUGAGAAAUAGUUGCAAUCGCAAAAUCUCACAAACUUAACUGAUGUUAACAAAUGGAACCUGACUGUGAAGUGUUACCAUAUACACAGUAUAUGUGUGAUUGUUGGAAAGGAUGUUCAGAUCAGAUGAUUCUCGUGCUAGUUUGAGUGUGAAAAUCAGCACUGAAUUUAUUAACUAGGUUAACUGGAAGUGAUGCAGCUGUUUUAUUAGCAUACUAACCAACCAUUGCUAGUCACCACUGCUUGAAAGGCAUGGAUGGUACGGUGCCAUAAAUAACAAUGCUAUUUUAGCAUCCACCCUGUCCACAGUAGUGUUUGUCCACUCUUGUGGUGACCUCUGACGCUAGACAUGCUCACUUUGUACCCCAACCUCCCCCGUCUGACCAUUAUGACCUGUACUGACUACUCUCAAUAACUGGUUUACAGAGCCAAAUCCCAUGAUGCAUCAAUCAGCACUAAACGCUGUAAUCUUCUCCUCGAGGUGUCCUUAAAACCCAACGUUUGUCUCUGUAAAUGAUCCUGAAUGCGAUGUGCACUUAGCAUUGAUCACUAUGUUGGUGUCUGUGUUUUAGUAACUGUGCCAUAUCAUCUCUUUCACCUUCAGACACAUUAUUGUUAAAUUGACAGACUCUCAUCAUAUUCGACUUCUCUUGCAUGGAUCAGAGUUUGUACAGAUUGUGAUGUGGACCUAGACUUAGAACGAAUGCCAUGAUCUUCACCUGACUUUUGUGUUGACUGUUUUUUAUGUUUAUAUGAAAGUACUUUUUUGUCUGUUAAUGUAACCUGCUGAAUUGUAAAUAACAAAAUGGCUUUUAUUUAUUUAUUUUUUCUCUUAUUUGUGUUGGAAUUUGCACUCUAAUACUUGCAGAACAAAAAAGGGACAAGUGUGUCUCAGGAUAAAAGGUGUUGAAAAUAAAAAUAAAAAAUCUUUUCUUAACUAA